UGCUCCAGUCCCAUGAACUUUCGUUUACAAAUCCUUUCUCACAUUAACAAUUUUAAUCGCGACAAUGGUGGUUAGCGCUAGAAACCUAAGAAGUUUAAGAAAAUGCCAGCAAUCCAACUGCCAGAAUGAAACACGCCAACUGAUAAAUCACUUCUCGACCGCCAUGCCCAUUGUUUCUCGGCCUAAGUGGGAACUCCGGUUAACAAACCACACAAUUCGCGCUUUGAUCCGAAGCGGCAGGCUUGAAGAUGCACGAAACAUGUUCGAUAAAUUAAAGCAGAGAGACAUUAUAACGUGGAAUUCUAUGAUCAUGGGUUACACGCAGCGCCUGGAAGUAGUGACUGCUCAGAACUUGUUCGAUCAAAUGCCUGAAAGAGACGUUGUUACAUGGAAUUUGAUGAUUUCGUGCUACAUGUCUAGUCGGAGGACUGAAUACAUAGAAUAUGCAAGAUACUUGUUUGAUCAAAUGCCCAGGAGAGAUGUCAUUUCCUGGAAUACGAUGAUAAGUGGUUAUGCGAAGAUUGGGCAAAUAGAUGAAGCAUUGAGGCUUUUUUAUUGUAUGCCUGAGAAGAAUGUGGUGUCUUGGAAUGCAGCUAUUUCCGGACUUUUGCAGAACGGGGAUGUAAAAGCUGGUAUUGAACUUUUCAAGAGAAUGCCAGAAAGAGAUGCAGCUUCUUUCAGUGUACUUGUUUCAGGAUUGAUUCAGAACGGGAAACUGGAUGCUGCUGCAAAUGUACUGUACGAAUUUCAGACAAGUGGUGAUACAAUCAUUGAUCUGGUUUAUGCUUAUAACACCUUGAUUGUUGGGUAUGGUCAGAAGGGCAUGAUCAAAGAAGCUAGGUGCCUUUUUGAUCAAAUACCAUGUUAUACGAGCAAGGGUAGAAGUUUUGGGAGAAACAUAGUAUCGUGGAAUUCAAUGAUCAUGUGCUAUGUAAAGGCUGGGUACAUAAAGUCUGCCAGGAAGCUUUUUGAUCGAAUGGUCGAAAAGGACACUGUUUCUUGGAACACGAUGAUUAGUGCUUAUGUCCACACCUCAAAUAUGAAAGAAGCUUCAAAACUACUCACUAAAAUGCCAAAUCCAGAUAUAUUUUCAUGGAAUUUAAUAGUCUCAGGAUAUGCACAAGGAGGCAACUUAGGACUUGCUUAUAAAUAUUUCCAAAGGAUACCCAAGAAGACAUGCGUCUCCUGGAACUCUAUUAUAGCAGGAUGUGAGAAAAAUGCAGACUAUGAAGGCGCUAUAAGACUUUUCGUUCAGAUGCAACUGGAAAGAGUGAAACCUGAUAAGCACACAUUAUCUUCACUUCUAGGUGUGUGUGCAGAAUCUAUAGAUCUGCAUCUUGGUAUGCAGAUUCAUCAGUUGGUGGCAAAAAGUGUUCUACCUGAUGUGCCCCUAAACAACUCCCUCAUUACUAUGUAUGCCAAAUGUGGGGCUAUAGUGGAAGCAAGGUCCAUUUUUGACAAAAUGAAGUUUCGCAAAGAUGUAAUAUCUUGGAAUGCUAUGAUUGGAGGGUAUGCAGCCCAUGGCCUUGCAAGAGAAGCAUUUGAACUUUUUAACACAAUGAAGGAGCUUAAUGUGAAACCAACUUAUAUUACAUUUAUUGCAGUUCUUUCUUUAUGUGCUCAUGCAGGUCUGGUGGAAGAAGGCCGUUUCCAGUUCAAAUCCAUGGUCUACGAAUUUGGUAUUGAACCAAGGUUGGAGCAUUUUGCGUCUCUAGUGGAUAUUGUAGCCCGUGAUGGUCGAAUUGAGGAAGCCAUGGGAAUAAUAAAGAAUAUGCCGAUUGAGCCAGAUAAGGUUGUGUGGGGAGCAUUAUUAGGUGCUUGCAGAGUGCAUAAUCAUCUGGAGUAUGCAAAAACAGCAGCUGAAGUGUUAAUGGAGCUUGAACCAGAGAGCUCUGGCCCUUAUUUACUGCUAUACAACAUGUAUAUUGAAGCUGGAAGAUUGGAUGAAGCAAAUGAAAUUAGGAUGAGGAGGGAUAGAAAUAGUGUGAAGAAACAAUCAGCAUACAGCAUUGUGAAUUCUAUCCAUCCUUAAUUUUUUUGUCCAAUUGACAUCCUUGUUACAAUUACUACAUGUAGAAUGGAUGCCUGCACAUUUGACUAUGCCUUACAAGUACUACAUGUGGAAUGGAUGCCUGCACAUUGGCUAUACCAUCACGUUUCCCCAGCAUUUGGUAACCAUGUUGGGCUCCAGCUAGACAGCUAGUCUACUCCGAAACUGCUUGCAGACACUAAUUGGAAGUAGGGUUCAAACCAAACUGAAAACCGAAUCGAUACAUCGGUUUUGAAGAAAACCCCAAACUGAAAUUGAAUGUCUAAUUUGGAACUGAAAUUCUUGGAGCAGUUUUGGGUUCAGAUCGGCUUAAACCAUUCAGAAGUCGGGGGAGUACUCCGCUUCAAUCACGAAGCUCUAGCUGAUGUGGCUCAAUAAAAGCCUUUGGUCUCAGUCAACAUGACUAAUUGACAGACAUGGAUAAUGCUCUGUGUCCAUUGCAAAUUUACACCCCAUUGGUAUAGAGAUACAUCUGGCGUAUCAUUUCCUAAUUUUCCUCUCAAGCGGUAACCUUUUUGGAUCUUGCUGUUAAAUAUUAGACGCUGAUAGGAGGAACAGAAGACUGGCAGGUGGCACAUUGCCACGAACCCCUGGUUAGCGGAAGCAAACAUACAGGAAUUCAAAGAAAUAAAGUGUGCAUCGUAGGAAAAUAGAGCUGUCUUUUAUACUUCCCGGAAAUUAUUAUUCACUGCUUUCACAGUCCAAGAUAUUUGGAUACUACAUACUAGUGUUGGGUAUAUUGAUCAUGUCCCAACUAUGCAAGUGUAAUCCAGUGACCUUAGAGUGCAAUUCCAAGAUCGAGCCUAUCUCUAUAUCCCACUGGACAGUAGUAUUCCUUGACCCGUAUGGCUCUUUUAUGAAUAUACUAGUUUUUUUGCUUGUGUGUAGCACCAGAUAAUCAGUUUUCCUAUUUAGUUUUCUCUAUAAUAAUCAUAAUGGGUACUUGAAUGACUAGUUUUGGUGAAUAUUAAAAGGGAAAAUUACUAAAUAACCCCCCGUUAUGUAUUGAAAAGUGCAAGUAAACUCUGAUACUUCAAAAUCACCCAAUCAAACCCUCAAAGUUGUAAAAAAAAAUCAAUCAAUAAAUUUAGACAGCCAGCAAUUUUCUUUCCUGAUUACUUGUGUGACUGACCAUGAGACCUUAUUAUUUUCUUCUUCUUUUUUCAAUGUUUUCAAUUUUAAAUAGUCAAUCCCUUCCCUUCUUCUCAAAAUAAGAAGACCACUACCUUACUCUCACCAAGCUCAACUAGAAGACCGUUACUUUACUCUUAUAGCAACCACAUCCUCCUAAGGAUAAGCUAUAUCCUCAUCACCCUCAUCAGUAGUCUUGGACUCGGUUCGGGCCACCCGACCCGGGAACCGGCCCGGCCCGGUGCUUCGGGCCCGAUACUGGUCUUUGACCCGGACCGUAGGUAGGAGCGGGGGCAGGCUCGGGCUGAAGAAAAGGUGACCUGGCCUGGCCUGGCCUGGCCCGGUUUGAG